GGAGGGAAAAAGUACGAUUUCUGAUAGAGACUUACGGAGUGGGUGUUGGCUGAGAAGUGAGAAAGAGAGGUUGUUGGGCGGGUGACCGAGAAGGACAGACGAGUAGAGGGAGUCGGAUAUAAAUAGGGAGGGAUUUAGGGACAAACAGAACGAGAAAACCAGUUCUUAGCUUUGUCGUGAGCUCUUCUGCUGCUUCUCUUGCUUUCUCUCUGCUACUUGCGAAAAUUUCAUCGAUCAGAGCCUUCCCAACAAUAAUCACCACUAAUUGCAUGGCCGCUACUUCACAAUCUCGAGGAGUCGUCAGCUUCGGGAGGCGAUUCAUCAACCAGAUCUGGACCGGCAGCUACCGAGACUCGCCGCAAUAUUCCUCGCCCCUAGCUUCUGCAUUCAGGAGGGGUGCGCACAUUUCUGGAUACGAAUACGAGAAGAACAUCGACGAUCAGGUUAGUCCAUCGGUAGUCCCCGACGAUGUGAUCCAGGCGCAGUCGGACAAGUACUGGGCUCCACACCCACAUACUGGGGUGUUUGUACCCGCGACUGAGAACAAGGAUAGGGCCGGUGGGGAAGGGGGUGGCUUCCAGGCCCCACCGGCGAAUGGUGGCAAUUCGGUGUUGGAUCAGAAGUUCUGGUUCCGUUACCUAGAGGACGUGGAGAAACCUCAACAAUUCUGAACUGGAAAAGGCUAAUUAAGCUACCCGUGGGCCGUGGCUGAGGAGAGAAUACCAGACCGUGACAGCUUUUGCGUAGUAAUAUAAUAGUAGGAAAGAGUCGUAUAUAGUAGGGUGGUCAUAUAUCUAUAUCUAUAUAUCAGAUAUAUACAUCCAAUGUAUUAUAAUACAAUAAAUAAGCAGUAUAAAUACGGUAGUCUCCUCAAGGUUUAUACGAGUAUGACAUGUAGUUUUAAUAUGUUGGCAUCUUUAUAUACAGAUAUGGUUUGUUUUAACUUGGAGGUACUUAAUUUCAAUACUCCUACUACUUUUUGCUA